UUGAGACACAAUUCUUUUUAAAAUUGAGCAGGUUAACUUUUGAACAGUCUUAUAUUUACGUUAAAUGCGCGCUGGUGAAAUUCAGUAUUAAACAAAUUGUGAUUUCGAGGUACACUACCUGAUAAAAUUUAUGUAUCACCCACAAUGAAUGGUAGUGGUAGGCAAAUGCAAAGAGCAAACAAGUCCAUUAAUUUGAUAAGAAAACGGAAGUUAGAGGAUGUAGACACUUCUGGCAAACGCUCGCGUUUCUCGAACGGUCCACAGUCCCAUCAACCUACCUUCUUCAAAGAUCCAUCUGUGAAUUUUGCAAGCGAUCAAAAUUCGACACAUGCAUCAAAGGAAACCACAAGCAAACCACAGCCUUUCUAUAAAUCUCCACCACCAAUUCACAUACAGAAACCGCGAACUAGCCCGUACUCAAGCACCGACCAAUCGAAACGGCAAACUAGUCCGUACGAUCCUGCAAACUCUCGCAAUACCCUAUUUUCGGCUAACAACCGUUUAAAAAAGUUGAGAGAUAGUUUCGGUACCGGGUCAGAAUCGAAUCAUUCCGAGGUACACAGUAACAGUUCAUGCACCAAUUCUUCCUCAUCGAGAUGCUCAAAUACCAAACCUUCUUGGACGGCGAAACCUUCUAGUAUACAAGAACGACUUAAAAACUUGAAAAAAUCAUUCAAACCUCCUUCCUCGUCGACGUCAGCUCACCCCCCAUUUGGUACCAGUGCAGUACAGGAUAGUAUGAACUUACUGUUCCCAGAUGGAUCAACAUCAAAUGACACCAACAAUAGCGAAGAUGAGGCGAUGGACUGGUGUGCGUUUGAGGAGAAGGAAGUUCUUGACAAUAUCACCAAGUUGCGAAAGAAAAACGUCAUAUCAAAACUUACGCCGAUGAGCAUUUUCCAAGAGAAAAUUUCAACUACUCUCGAAAAAAUGGAAGUAAACGAUACAAUGUUUCGUGAAAUUUACAUUGUGGUUGAUACCAACGUUUUCAUCUCUAACUUGGGUCUUAUCGAGGAGUUGCUCUCAUUAGAAAUCAACGUUUCAGGAGUUGUCAAUCCAUCGAUUAUGAUUCCUUGGACUGUAAUUCAAGAAUUGGACUAUUUGAAGGACUCUAUAGGCGAAAAUGACUUGGGGCGAAAAGCGAAGAUGGCCAUUCGAUUUAUCAAUGAAAAAUUAUCGGCGCAGGAUAAACAAGUGAAAGGGCAAUCGGUGCUGGACGCAGCCGAGCAAAAUUUUGCAAGCAAAAAUGCGGACGAUUCGAUACUAUUUUGUUGUUUGCAGAUUAAGGAGAGGAAACACAAUGCAAUACUACUUUCUAAUGACAUAAAUUUACGCAACAAAGCGUUAAUUAACGGCGUGUUAGCAUACUCGCAUCAGAAAAUCAUAGAAGGACUGGACCCGUAUCGAGAUACAGGCGACGGCUUAAAAUUACGACCCGGUUUCGACUAUAGCAAAGUGAAACAAGUGGAGGGAGAAUUUUCCACUUUAUUUAGUUAUAUUAUCGACUCGAAAACGACCGACGCGUACGGGUCUUCUCGGGCUAAAAUGUACCCAGAACUGACGGUUCCCCCCUGGACUUUGGAAAAAUGUCUUUCUUUGUUCAAGAAAUUUUGGAGAUCCAUUUUCGGUCUCUUUUUACGGAAGCAGUUUAUGUACACGAUUAAUGAUUUCAUCGAGUUUAGAAGUAAAAAUAGCGAUUUAGAAUCAAUGAGUGCCUCGAAAAUUAAGACCUUCAUCGAUACCGGCUUGAGCAUUUGCUCGUACAUUCAGGAAGGCAGUGUUGCAUAUAAAGACAAUGCCAUACAUUGUAGGAAAAAGAUUGAAGAUCUUACGAAAGAUUUUUUCGUAUAUACCAACUAGUUUUGUUUUUCAGUUACCUUUGCAAUUUUCUAAUGUUGUUACACAAAGGAUUUUUGGUUAACAUUAUAUAUUUUUCAUUUUCUUGAUAA